UAAUAUUUCAAUUGACGUUCGGAAUUUUCGAAUUCGUUCAGACUUCAGUCCUAUGAAUUUACAAUCAUCAUCGUUUCGGUGUUAAAUUUGAAUUCGAAAAUUAUCUAGUGUCGUGCAGUUUAGAUGUAUAAAUGUUGUGGGAUUUGACAACAAAACAAGCAUUAUAAGGUUUUAUAAUAAGAUGUUUAAGGCAAAUUUAAGAUUUCCGUAAACAUUUUAAAAUGGAAUUACCGUACGAGGUACUAGUGUACAUAUUUAAGUAUUUACCUAAAUCUGACCGAAAAUCUGCAAGUGAAACAUGUAGAACAUGGUACUUAGCCGCUAAUGAUUAUAGUUUCCUUAAAAAUAAAACUGUUGUACUAUAUAAAGCAGAUUUAAAUGAUGAAAUUUCUCCACUACAAAUCUUUGAAGACUCUGAUAUUCCUUAUGACAACUUUUUAUUUUGUGAGGUUGAAUUGUCCAAUAAAUUAAAAAACUUUUGGGAUAGAAAUGGUGUGAACAUAAGAUGUCUAACACUACAAAAUUGUGAUAUAAGAGAAAAAGUUUUUGUGAAUAUUUUACAGAAAUGUACAAACUUAGAGAUUCUUAAUAUUGAAAACUGUAAAGAUUUGUUUAUGUCAGGGUGCCUUUUAGAAGGAAAAACUGAAGGGCUACUUGCAACAAGUCUAAAGAAAUUGAAAUGUUUAAGUUUGUCAGGAAACCAAUACCUUACAGAUGCUUUAUUUAGCCGGUUUGUUGAGACAGCUCCAGAAUUAGAAGAACUUAAUUUAUCAGGAUGCUCACUUCAAUUUCAUUUGGGUCUGGUCAAAAGGUUCUAUCCCCUGGGAUCUAAUAUAUAUGAUAAUCCAUCCGAGAGUGUCUUAACAUUUUACUUUGUACAUCAGUUUUUAACAGCAAGAGCUAAGAAUAUAAAAAGACUAUUAUUUUCAAAAACAUUAAUUGAUGGUGUAGCUCUUAAAUCACUUGCAGAAACAGAACACCUAAAACUGCAAUAUCUUCAAGUGCAUGCUUGCGAUCAACUUACUAAUGUUGGCAUAUCUGCGCUAUCAAACUAUCAGCUUUGCUUAAGAGAGCUUGAUAUUGGACUUUGCACAAGAGUAACUGAUCAGUCUUUAGUGUAUAUAUGUAAUAAUUUAAUAAAUCUAGAAAGCUUAAACAUUCAAAGAUGUAGAGCUGUUACAGAUUUAGGAGUGGUUGAAUUACAGAAACUUAAAAAGCUUAAACAACUGAAUAUAUCUCAAUGUGAUCUUAUCAGCAAAGAAGGUAUUGAGAAAGGAAUCUGUUCUUAUGAAAAUAAUAUUUUGGAAGAGUUAGAUAUAAAUUCUCUGAACUUGGAACAGAGUGGUUUGAUCAUGAUUUCUGAAAAGUUACCUAAUCUUCGUGUGCUAGAUAUCAGCUAUUGUUUCAAUGCAGUGACAGACACAUCAAUCCAAGUUAUUUUCAAGAAUCAAAUAUAUUUGCAUACUUUAAAGUUAAGUCAUUGUGAUAAAGUAUCUGAUGCAGGCCUUACGGGUAUGGGAAAAGUGGAAACAGAAGGGCAAGAAGAUCGUCAUAUAACAUCAAGUUACGAUGGUUCCAUGGCAAACAACAAGAUCUAUCUUGGCUCAAGGGCUGAAGAAGAAAUUGUGCGAGAUGCCAAACGGAAAUAUGAAGUCAUGCUUUUAUGCGAAAAAUUAUCAAUGGACUCAUAUAGUGGAUAUUCUUUGGCACGCUUUAAGAGUCUCAGAGAGUUAAAUAUAAGUGGCUGUAAUAGAAUAACAGAUGUUAGUCUUACAUAUGCCUUUUCAUUUAAAGAACUUGUAUGUCUUAACCUUAGCCGAUGCCAACAAAUAACUCAUGAAGGGAUAAUGCAUCUAGUCAAAAACUGCCCUAGUAUUGAAUAUUUUAAUCUGACUGACUGUUAUAACUUAAAAGAUGAUGCGGUAAUUGAAAUUGUAAGAGGGCUCAAGAGAUUGAGGCACUUGGAAUUAAGGGGUUGCAAUCAAUUAACAGACACCGCUAUUCAAGGGAUUAUCAGUAAUUGCAAAAAGUUAAAAUUUCUUGAUGUUCAGGGCUGUCGUAAUAUGUCGGCAGAACUAGUUUGUACGUUAGGAAUGGAAUUGCCAACACUCCACACAGUACUUUUCUCAAAACCAGGUCCCUACAUUGAUGAUGGCGUUAAAAAUAGAUCACCGGCACCAACCUUUUUACCUACACUAAUGCGUAAAUUACGUAUUCAUUAGUACAAAAAAAUAUGGAAAUUUUAGUCACAAAAUUUAGCUAACGGUUUUAUUUUUUAUAAAAUGUCUAAAUAGAGAACUUAGCUGCAUAAAUAAGCCACAUUAGAAUAGUUUUGUGCAAUACCAAUUAAACUAAAUUUUGUGUGAAUGUAAAAUUAUAUGUUAAAUUAUUUAUUAAAGAUGUAAUAUUUUUGUGGCAGGCACCAUGAAAACUUAUACUCAUAUGAUGAGAAAUAAUGUUAAUUAGGUUUAAACUAUAUUUCAGAACAUAAAUACUAUAAUUAAAAGGUAUUAAAAUAAUUGUUGUAAGGUGUAAUAAAAUUCUCCUACAUCAAAUGAAAUACAAAUCACUGCUAAAAAUAUUUAGAGAAACAGCAGAUAAAUUCCCUUUAUAACCUUAUACGUACAAGUACACUUUUGUCAGUAGUCAAUAUUUUGUAUGUCAUUUUGAAAUAACCCCCUGCUAAAUGUAUCUGUGGUUGUGGACUGCAUUUCAGGAACAGAGAAGAGAGUAAUUUGAGAGGUCACUCGCAUUUUACACGGCAACCGAAAUCGAAAUUUUUAAUUGGAAUCGCGUAUUUAACAUUAACUUUUUGACUAACAGUGUUAAUAUUUUAAAUAAAUAAUGGAAGGACUAAGAAAACCAUAUACUUGUUU